GACCCACUGUCACAUCGCAUUGAGCAUGGCCCCAAGCGCUUCGUAGCGGGCUUCCAGGCCCGCGUCCCCGUCGGUCCGUCGCCGAUGAUCCUUUCCCUGUGGGAACAACUGAGAUCCACCGUUUCGUUGACCGGCAAGCAAGCGUACGGCGUGUAUCGCGACUUCAACGCCGACGUGUACACGUACGUGGCGGCGGUGGACGUGGACGAAGGCGCGGCCUUGCCGGACGGAUGGGUCGCCGUGGAGAUCCCCGCGCAUGACUUCGCCGUGUACGACCACGGCGGCCCCCUCGCGACCAUCGGCGACCACUGGAACGCCAUCACAACGUCGGGCCAAGUCACACACGACUAUUCGGUGCCGAGCUUGGAGGUGUACCCCCUCGACUUUAAAGAAGGACACGCUUUGACCCUGUGGCUGCCAAUUGUGACGUCGGCGACUUAGCUGCUGCUACUACCGCAUCGUUCUUGAUCUUUGUCGUUCGUUGCAGGACAUUCCCACGACUUCUAGCAACUGUACAGAAGUACCUAGACGACACGAGAAUGAUAAUGCAAGUGGAAUGGCCAUAGUUACGGCAGUUAGAC